AUGUUUAGGACAGUAAUUAUACUCUGGCAAGUGCUGAUACUUGGUCACCUUGUCCAUUCUCUGGAUAAUUUGGCAACAGCCAUCACUCCUAGAGACUGCAGUCUAGCAUGUAUUCGCCAGGGGGGACCAGGUUGCGACUACUGCAGAAUAAGCAGUGACGAAAUCAGUACCGCUCUCGGCCUCAAGUCUCGCAAACUAAUUGGAAGUUGCAUCCCAUGGCCAUGUUUAAAACUGUUAGGUGAAGAGGACCCUAGCAUUUGUCAACACUACGUUCAAGCACCUACUGAUGUGAUUGUUGAAUUUCUUCCUAAUCCGGACCCUAAUACUGACAGUGUGGUUGUCUCCUGGAAGCCAAGUCUAUAUGGCAUUGCCUUCCUGCGUGGCUUUCAGGUGAUUCUGCAGCCUUUGGGAGGUUCCGGUGUUGCAUGUCAGCUCUUUCUCUUUCAUCAAAACCUCACGCUCUCUGCUUCACAUGCUCAAAGGGUGUACAAAUCAGACCCUUUCCCAGGCCUCCCCCUUGGAUCCCAAUUUUCCCUGACAGUUAUGGCUCUGCCAGUGCCUGAGAAAUGGGAGCAUUUCUAUCGUGGCAAGAUCUUCUCCACACGCACAUGUACAGAGAAAAAUGGCUUUCAACUAUGCAAAAGAGACUGGUAUCCGCAACAUGUUGAUGUUCAGCAGCGAGGAACUGUGAUGACCAUCACCUUCAACCUGGCACCUCUUAACUUUGGCAUUAAAAGCUAUUUUUCUGUUUGUGUAGCAAAUGGCAAGACCACAUACACAGAAAUUGAACCUAAUUACUCUAAAAACAAAACACAUCACAGCUUUGAGCUCAGGGACCUCAAAGAAGGAGCCAAUUACACAUGCGAGAUAGCUGCAAACCAAAUGGAUGCUGUAAGGAAAUUAUUCAACUUUCAAGUCGAGCAUCGAGAGGCUGUUUCCAUAGCUCCCUCCUGGACUCUAUUUAUUCCUGUGAGUUUUGCUGCAGUGGUCAUUGUUGUCGUGCUGUGGGCUGUUCGAAGGCCGACACCGCGCGUACAAAUGAAGGAGCCUUACCUCCAAGCAGAUUUAACCGAGAGCCUGGAAGAAGUGAAGGCCCAGGAGGAAGUGAUGAUACAAUCUGAAAACCGGAAGAACCCUCCACGUCUCUUAAUUUGCUAUAGCAGCAAUGAUGGCCCUGCGCACGUCAAUGCGGUUAUGAAGCUCGGCGCCUUUGUUCAGCAACACAUGGCCACUCAGGUGUCUCUGGAUCUUUGGGAUUCUCUGGGACUGGCCGAGGAGGGACGCACGGCCUGGUUUGCCCGUCAGAUCCGGGAGAGCGACUUUGUCUUGGUAAUUUGUUCCAGGGGCCUCUGCCGCAAAAGCGGGCCUUCAGCAGAAGGCGUCUUUAGUUCUAAUGGGAUGGUAGGCCUCAUCGGAGCAGAAGUGGGCCGAGCCAAAUCUGACGGAAAGGACCUAUCCAAGUACAUGGCUGCCAUUUUCAGUUAUUCUGAAGAGACAGAUAUUCCCACCGAACUAGGGCUCGUGUUCCGUUACAGGCUGACAGCCGAUUUACCUCUGCUUUUCUCGCAACUCCACCAAGUCCCGCUUCACACGCCAGGCCGUUAUGUAAAGAUUGACAACAUCUCACAGGAAGAUUUUAUCCUGUCACCCGCUGGACAGGCUUUGCAGCAGGCGAUCAAUGAAUCAGAGCAGGCAAUGAAAGAAAGUAAAGAGAGAUUUGGCAGUGAGGAGUAA